AUGGCGGCAAGCUCAAUCCCUACUGUCGACUAUUCUCUGUCUACCUCGCCGGUGACCAGGCCCCAAUUCCUCUCACAGCUUCGCGAUGCGCUCGUCAAAGUAGGCUUCUUCUACCUCAAAAACCAUCCGAUUUCGAAAUUUCAACAGAAGGAUCUCUUGGCUCAGGCGCGCGAACUGUUCCAGCUCUCGCCGGAAAAGAAACGGGAGAUUGGUAUGACCAGGAGUAAACAUUUCGUCGGUUACGUUGGUCUAGAUGAUGGCCUAACGUUGACGAAGAAAGAUCACCGAGAGUCGUAUACGCUUGGGUAUGAAUCCCCUGCACCUCAUCCCGAUGAACCCGUUUACCGCAACCUGCGCGGCCCCAAUCCUUGGCCCGACAGUUCAGCCUUGCCUGGAUUCAGGUCUACCACGGAAACAUAUAUGAUCGAGAUGAAGAGAUUGGCAGAUGACUUCAACGUUUUGGUCGCCGAGGCACUGGAUAUGAAACCCACAGCAUUGGCUCAUUUAUUCGAUGGCACGCCAUUUGACAGACUGAUGCUGGCUAAAUAUCCCCUGCCCGAUGAAGACCAGGAGAUACAGGGUAAAGGGAAGCAUAAGGAUGCUAGCUUCUUGACUUUCCUUCUUCCUGGCACUUCACACGGUGGCUUGGAGGCACUGAGCCAGACCAAUGAUUGGAUUCCGGUUCCUCCGGUUCCUGGAGCGCUGAUCGUGAAUGUGGGUAUGCAAUUAGAGGCGUUGACUGAUGGCGUGUGUUAUGCCGCUUUCCACAGAGUUCUGAUCCGGCGAGAGGAUUUUGUUGAUAGCGAUGGCCAUGACCUAGGCCCCAGGUUCUCAUUCCCCUUGUUCCACACAAUUAGUCUGGACGCGAACCAGUCCGAACCGCUGGAGAUGUCCCCGCACAUUUGUGUCAUGGCUAGAGACGAUAUGGCAAGACGGAAUGCGCGGGUCAGUCUACGGCGAUUGUUUCAAGCGGGAUGUGCCGGAUAUGGGGUCUUUGGGACCCGCCUCAAGGUGUAUCCAAAGGUUACGCAGCGCUGGUGGCCGCAGUAUCUCGAUUUUCUCACCCCUGACAAGGUUCCACAGCUCACAGCAGCUCUGUGUUCAGGGUCGUCUAAUCCCUAA